UUUAGAAGUAAACGAUCUGUCCUGAAGCAACCAGCUGUUCUAGGCUGCAGCCAGGAAAAUAGCUUAGAAGCAAAGGAUCUGUCCUGAUACAGCCUGAGGUUCUAGGAACUAACUUAAAAAACUUCCUCCCAGUAUGACGAUCAGAUGGGAUUUGGCAGCAGUACUUCUCCUGAAUAUGUUCACAUCAGAAGCCUUUCCACAAACUGAUAUAAAACUUAGCCAAGCAUUACCAAUUCAAAUGCAAGAACCUAUUCAGAGCUACGCUUGUCCUCUGUUUUGGACUGAAUAUAACAAUUAUUGUUACCGAUUUAUUCCGGUUAACAAGACAUGGGCUGAGGCUGAUCUGUAUUGUGCAGAGUUCUCAAUUGGAUUAAAGUCAGCAAAAUUAGCAUCUAUCCAUAGCUGGGAAGAAAAUGUGUUUGUAUAUGAUCUGGCUAACAGUCGAGUUCCUGGGAUACCAACUGACAUCUGGAUUGGACUACAUGAUAAAAGACAAGAAGGCAACUUUGAGUGGACAGAUGGUACAUCAUACGAUUACAAUUACUGGGACGGGAAUCAGCCUGAUGAUGGUAUCCACACCAUCCCAGAGGAGGAAGACUGUGUCCAGAUAUGGUACCGACCUAAUAGCGCUCUCAGAUCCUGGAAUGACAACAACUGCAAGAGAGGCUUCCCAUUUGUCUGCAAAAUCCCAUCACUGGAGCUAAAUUAGCCAAUGUCAGGAUGAUUUACCGACUGUUUCCAAGUGAAACCCAUCUUGCUGCUGAACUGUAUUUAGUCUGAUUUAAAAGACCACUAUAACAGAGUACAAGCAUAGUUUUUGUGACUUAAGGGGAUGUGCCUAAUCCUUUACUGCAAAUAACCAUUGCUCUUAAAAGCUCAGCCCUAUUAAAGCAGCUUCUGGAAAUUGUGAUGUGAUUAACGAAGGAAUGCUUGAAAAUGACAAAGCUCCAUUAAGGUACAAACUUCUCUUCCAGGAAUGUGGAGGCUUCAUGUUUUGCUUAUAAGAUAAAAUCCAUUGUGUACAUGCAUUGUCUUGCAAUGAAAUCAUUAAAAUUCACUCAAAUUUGUUUAAAGCUUAUGUUCAUCACAGAUUUGUAGGUGGGAAAAAUAAUUUCCUCCUCACCUCAUGUCUACUAUUCACUUUUUUAGUUUUACAACAUGUAUUGAUAGCAAUAGUAAUCAUAAAAAUAUAUGUUUUCUUGUUUUGUGGUUAAAAAAUAUUAUUUGGUAUUUCUUUCUUCAGUAGACCCCAUAAAAUUGUAGAUGGCUGCCCAAAGCUGAUUUAAGUUUUAAUGUUCUUUUCUGUCUCAUACACAGAAAAGUUUCUAAUUUUGUCUACAGAGUAGAAUGAUUUAUUUGUUCAACAUUGUGAUCUAAGUUGACAUCCACACAAUUCAGCAAAUCAUGAUGCAGUAAUUCAUGACAAGGUGGAUUGUAGGAAAGCCAAGGUAUAAUAGACAUAAUUUUUUUUAGAGUUGAUACUCUAAAAAUUUGAAUGGUUUGUCUUACCAAACAGUGAGCAGAACAAAGGUCUUUUCUCCCUUCUAGAUCAUGUCUGUUGAACUUUUGAUAGCUUUGUUCUGCUGCAGGUUACCUCUCCUUGCAUAUGCCACUAUGUCAUGCCUCCUGUUGGUAACUUGCACAGGGUCUAUAUUAGACGAUCGAACUUUCAAAAGUUCGACUGUCAUAUGGUCAACACUUUAUGAUCAAAUUUUUGAAAGUUUGAAUGUUUUAAUGGAGAUCUCCGUACAG